AUGUUAUCGAGAGUAGCUAAACGUGCCUUCUCCUCUACAGUUGCCAACCCUUAUAAAGUCACUGUUUUGGGUGCAGGCGGUGGUAUUGGACAACCAUUAUCUUUGCUUUUAAAGCUUAAUCACAAAGUCACGGACUUGAGAUUGUAUGAUUUGAAAGGCGCCAAAGGUGUUGCCACAGAUUUGUCUCAUAUUCCAACGAACUCCGUGGUUAAGGGAUUCACUCCGGAAGAACCAGAUGGAUUGAGCAAUGCUUUAAAGGAUACUGACAUGGUUUUGAUCCCUGCUGGUGUGCCUAGAAAGCCUGGUAUGACGCGUGACGACUUGUUCGCAAUCAACGCCAGCAUUGUUCGCGAUCUUGCAGCAGCAGCUGCCGAAUCCGCUCCUAACGCUGCCAUUCUAGUGAUUUCCAACCCAGUUAACUCUACCGUUCCCAUUGUUGCACAAGUCCUGAAGAGCAAAGGUGUCUACAAUCCAAAGAAGCUAUUUGGUGUGACCACGCUGGACUCUAUUAGAGCCGCCAGGUUCAUCUCCGAAGUGGAACACACCGACCCAACACAGGAAAGAGUUAACGUCAUCGGUGGCCACUCAGGUAUCACCAUCAUCCCAUUAAUUUCUCAAACAAACCAUAAAUUGAUGUCUGAUGACAAAAGACAGGAGUUGAUCCAUAGAAUACAGUUCGGUGGUGACGAAGUCGUCAAAGCCAAGAACGGGGCUGGUUCUGCCACAUUAUCAAUGGCACAUGCUGGUGCUAAGUUCGCCAACGCUGUGUUGUCUGGUUUCAAAGGUGAAAGAGAUAUCAUCGAACCUUCUUUUGUGGACUCUCCAUUAUUCAAGUCCGAAGGCAUUGAAUUUUUUGCCUCUCCAGUUACUUUAGGCCCAGAUGGUAUCGAAAAGAUUCACCCAAUAGGUGAAAUAUCUUCUGAAGAAGAAGAAAUGCUACAAAAAUGCAAGGAAACCUUAAAGAAGAAUAUCGAAAAAGGUGUUAACUUUGUUGCCAGUAAAUAG